UGUGAACUUUGCAUUUCUCUGAUACACUCUGGAAACUUUAAUCAAUUAUUAACCAUGUCCUCUGCUGUUCAAAGUACUCUUAUAGUGCAGGGGGUUCAUACUAAGCCAGCAACACAUGGUGUAUCUGGCAUUAAAGGGAAAGGAGCUAAUGUACUUUGGUGGGAAAGCUGUGUUCUGUGCGCUGUCAAAAACAAACCCGAGGGCAAGAACCUGUUCUCUGUGCCCUGCAAAAGUGGCCUCAGCAAGCUGGUCGGUGCAAGGUAGGACAGUAAGGAGUAUUCUGGCCCAGGGGUAGAUGUGCAGUUGAAGGCUGCAGAAGGGUUAACACAGGCUGAUGCUGUGGCCCAUGGCAAACAUCCUCUCUGUUGCCAAGGGCCCUGUAGAAUGCCCCAUUUUCCCUGUGUCACAAGGAUUGCCAGGCAGCCUCUCCACAGCUGCACCGGCUCUAUUGCUCUGGACUUGCCUGUGUAUAUAUAGCUGCAGGAAACAGCUCGCUCAGCUGCUUUUGCAAUAGGUCUGCCCCUUUUGUGGGGCUGAGGAACCUGUUUCGCUGCAGCCGGGCAGGACGUGUUUUGAGCCAGUGUCUGGCAGCAGAAUAUCUGACCCCACGGCAACGGGCUCGAACGAGGAGAAAGAAAGAGAAGUCACGAGGGAGUCAUGCAGGGGAAGGGAAUGAUGAGAAAAGAGCAACACCUCAGUUCGACUGCUAGAGUGUGCCUUUGAUUGGAUGUCAUCUGCGAAGGCAGAGGGGAUUGUCUGCGCAGGGCGUUCCUGUCCUCUUCUGCUGUGUUUUGGCUAUAAAAGCCUGCGCUCGGUGGACGUGGUUCAACGACCAACAUGAAGUUGAGACGAGAGAAGCAGAGCUCUGCCAGUAAUGAAGGCUCGAAGGGGAAAAUGACACUUGUGCUUGCAAUGGUAACGCUGAUAUCUGCAUUUGGAUCUUCCUUCCAGUAUGGGUACAACGUGUCUGUGAUCAAUUCUCCAGCCCCGUACAUGCAAGACUUCUACAACCGAACCUACUACAACAGGAGUGGAGUGCCUAUGGAGAGUGGCUUCCAGACGCUGCUCUGGUCUCUUACUGUGUCCAUGUACCCUCUGGGUGGCUUUUUUGGGUCCCUCAUGGUGUGGCCUCUGGUCAACAGCUGCGGCCGAAAGGGCACUUUGCUGAUAAGUAACCUCUUAUCUAUUUCUGCUGCAAUCCUAAUGGGAACCUCAGAGUUAGCAAAAACCUAUGAAGUGAUCAUCUUUUCACGUGUUAUCAUGGGAAUAUUUGCUGGUCUGGCUUCCAAUGUGGUUCCCAUGUUCCUUGGAGAAAUGUCCCCCAGAAAUCUGAGAGGUGCAAUUGGGAUCGUACCUCAGCUCUUCAUCAGCACUGGAAUCCUUAUAGCUCAGAUCCUUGGUCUCAACAUCAUCCUUGGGAAUGCUAAAGGCUGGCCCGUGCUGCUGGCGCUCACUGGGAUCCCAUCACUAAUCCAGCUCCUGAUAUUGCCCUUUUUCCCUGAGAGUCCCAGAUAUUUGCUGAUACAAAAGGGCAAUGAAGAGCAAGCACGACGAGCUCUGCAGAGGCUGAGAGGCCGGGAUGAUGUGGAUGAUGAGAUCCAAGAGAUGCGCCAAGAAGACUGGUCAGAAAAGGAAGAAGGACAGUUCACUGUAUUAAGCCUGUGCACCUUCAGAGGCUUGAGGUGGCAGCUCAUCUCCAUCAUUGUCAUGAUGAUGGGCCAGCAGCUCUCGGGGGUCAAUGGGGUCUUCUACUACGCAGACAGAAUCUUCCUGUCAGCAGGAGUGGAUGACAACAGUGUUCAGUAUGUCACUGUGUCCAUAGGUGCCAUCAAUGUCAUCAUGACCUUGCUUGCUGUUUUCAUUGUGGAAUCCCUGGGAAGGAGAAUCCUCCUGCUUGCUGGCUUUGGAUUUUGCUGUGUCUCCUGUGCAGUGUUAACUAUGGCUCUCAAUCUCCAGACCACUAUCUCAUGGAUGUCUUACCUCAGCAUAGUGUGUGUCAUCGUUUACAUCAUGGGACAUGCUAUUGGAGCCAGACUUUAGAAGCUAUUGCCUGCCACUGAAAUGAAUGCUGUCAUCUGGGAAUCCAAAUCCCUUUGGGAACUCCAAAUGCACAACUCCCUUCCAGGUCCC